AUGAAAUUUAAUUCAUUUGAGAACUAUAUUUUUAAUUGGAUACCUAUUAAUUUUCCAAACAUUAACCCAGAAAAUUUAGUCAAAGAAAUUGAAGUUAUAAUAAAAAUUGAUGGGAUAAAAUUAAAUGAAAACUUAAGACCAUUGGGAAUUGGGUUGAAAUGA